AUGAAAUAAUAAAUGGAAUAAAAUAUAAUAUAAUCAACUACUGUUAAAACAAUCAAAGAACUCAAGAAAUAAUAAGAUUUUAGAACUUCAAUUGAGGUAGAUGAAUUUGAAUAAAAUGAAUCCACAUAAAGCGAAAAACGAACUCCAGAUGCUGAAACUAGCAAGACAUAAUACACCAAAUUUAGACUUAAUCAAAAAGGAUCAAUCAAUUAAAUAUUACCCAAAUUGAGUUAAUCUAAUUUAUAGGAAUCCACUAAAUCCUUAUAAAAAUAAGUAAGUGAAGAGCUACCUCCUAAACAAUUUGGAUAAAGAAAGAGAUUUAAUAGAUAUGCCACAUAAAAAGUAUAACAGCAACCAAUAUAACUUACUGAAUAAAUAGAUUAAACCACUGCUAUGAAUCUUAUUUUAAAUAAAUCAAAAACAUUAACAGAUUAUUAUACAAAUAAUCAACUAACAUCAACUUAGAUUCACUUGUUUCUUACUGAUAACAAAUAAUUUAUUUUUACUUUUAUGGCAUUUCUAAAUCGAUUAGCAGAGAAGGGAAUCUUAUCAAUUUCUUUAACAAAUAUUUAAAAGGCUGUUCUCACAUAAAUAGAGCAAUUUACUAUUAAUCAAAUUAAUAGGGAAUUAAAUAAACUGGAAUUAAAUAAGAAAUUAUACGAUCAAAUGAAAAAAAUUGAAAUCAAAUAAAAUUAAUAUACAAAAUUUCUCUCAGAAUUAGAAGCAUCAUUAAAAUUUUUUUGA